UCGAUCCUGAAUAGCUUAUGGUGGCUGUAUUUGAGCUGUGCAAACUAUAGUAGUCUCAGUAAUGUGAUGUGCUUGGCUUCGUUUUUACAAUUUUUGAUGUUUUUAUAAAAUAUCUUUAUACAGUAGGUUAUUGGGAAGCGGAGAUGAUUAAAAAUGGUUGAUUCUUGUUGAUAUUGAGCUGAUAAAUGCUCUAUAUUAACUUUCUUUUAACAACUAGAAGAUGUUAGACAAAAUUUACUGCUACCUGUCAAAACAACACUCAUCCAAGUUCAGUUACAAAGUGUAAAACUAAAAGCAAUUUACAACCCACUUUGGUGUUUAAGGGAAUCGAAAACAUGUUAUCGUUAACAUUGUAAAUUAUGUUAAUUAUUUAAUGACGAAAAUACUAAUGUAAGGUUCAGGAGGAUGAAAAUUUUGAUUUAUGUAUGACAAAAGUAGCGAAGUGAAUUAUUAAGAUACACCUGACUAUACUAUACUUUUGGAUAUUAUUAACACGUGGUGAACAGAAUGCUGUUUAAGCUGAUAUUGUUUUCAAUAUUUCUCCAACAAUGUACAGGUUAUUUCAAUUUUUUCUUGGAUCAAUUGGAAGUUCGAAAACUAAUGGGUCUGGAAGCAGAAUUGUUUUACGUACGAGAGGGUGAAAUAAAUGAUUACGCAAUUAGUUUCGUUGUUCCAGUACCAGCACACAUUUCCAAGUUGCACUUUACGUGGCAAAAUCUUGUUGGCAAACCGUUGUCUUAUGAAAUAGAAGUGCUUGUUGGCGAUCCUUCAGUUCUAAGUGACACUUUAAAUAUAACAAAUUCAGGAGAAAUUCCAGUAGGCCUGCAGCAAAUAUGGACCAUGACAUUUCAUUGUGCUCCUUAUGAUGCAGAAACUGAUGUAACUAUUCGCUUAAAUGUCUCUUUAUCAAAAAAAAAUGCAACUACACUCGAAUUGAAGAGAAGAAAAAUUUGCUUGAGGAACAAAACAAUUUCGGAAAAUCAAUCACAAGAAGUUUUAGUCUCAGUCCCUGGAAAGACUGCAGGUGGUCAAAUCUUCUAUGCUGCAAUUGGAUGUGCUUGUGCCUUUGUAGCUGCCAUUUGUGUUCUAGUAGUUGCUUAUUAUAUUCGAGAUAAAAAAUCUAGGCGACACAGAGAUUCCCUUCACGAUGCGAGAGGAAUAGGCUCAGCUUGUAGUGGGGAUAGAGGUAGAGGAAUUGGACCUGGACGAACUUUUUUGUCAUCGGAAACUCCACCUCCACCUUCUAAUGCCUCUAUAUCAACGUACAAAAGGCUUGAUGAACGUCCAACACGGGAGCUUUAUGAGAGAAUACAGGAAAUCACAGUUCAGAGGUGUAGAGUACGUUUACUAAGUGUGGAAAUGGAGGGCACAUUUGGUCGCAUUUAUAAAGGCAGCUAUCAUGAAGAAGGUGCAAUAACACCAAAAGAUGUACUGGUAAAAACAGCUGCUGAACACGCUUCACCAUCACAGGUAACUGUUUUGUUACGAGAAGGUCUAACAUUUUAUAGAAUCAACCACUCUGCACUCUUAACAAUUUUGGGAGUGUCAAUUGAAGAGAGUGGAGCACCUUUUCUUCUUUAUCCUUAUACCGGCUAUAAGAAUAUGAAAAGGUUUUUAUUAAGGUGUAAACUAAGUAGCGAAGGACCUCCAAGAGCUCUUACGACACAGGAAGUCGUAGAAAUGGCCCUUCAAGCUUCAAAAGGAGUCCAGUAUCUUCACAAAAAGAAGUUUAUACAUAAAGAUAUUGCAGCUAGAAAUUGCGUGGUGGAUGAAGAUUUAAGAGUUCAAAUUACAGACAAUGCUUUGGCUAGAGAUCUCUUUCCUCAAGAUUAUCAUUGCCUUGGUGAUAAUGAAAAUCGACCAAUCAAAUGGCUCGCUAUUGAAAGUCUUCUAAGUGAUUCAUUUAAUACCGCUUCUGAUGUUGUAAGUUUGACCCAUACAUUAUUACAUUUUUAUAUCCUAUAUAAGAAAUCUGCUAUUUUUAUGCUUGUUAUUGGUUCUUGCUAAGAUGAUAACGCUGUC